UGUGUAGAGUGAAUCUCGAAAAUAGAUGCUUUCUCUCUUAAGAUCGGUCAAAUGAUUGACCCAUGCCGAACCCCCUUUUUAUGUGUCCAGGUGACUUCAGCUCCUUUUUUUCCCCCCAAUGGAGCCAACACCGCACAGUCCCACGCGUGCCGGCGUGCGCACAAACGCACAGCCACGCACCACACGUGGAAAAUGUUGUUCUGGCUCAGGUUAACUGCUUUAGGAGAAAGGAUCAAAGAUUAGAGGGGGUAGUGUUUGGGGUUUUUUGUGCGUGUGGGUUACUUUUGGGGGGAAUAAAUGCUGAGCUAAAAAGAAGGGGGGGACGUUCACUGGCCGCUGUGCAUGUGGACGCUUAUUACCCAGUUGUAUAUGUUUACAAUAGAUAUUUAUCUACCUAUUUGUUGAGUGAGUGGAUGGGUGGAGGUGGGAGGGCGCUAGGAUAACCGCUUUUAACCCUUGGCCCAAGUCAUGCACCAUCGUCGGGGUGCACGCACAUCUUGUUGCAGAGGCCGCGGACAAAGAACGAGGAGGUUUGAAAAGAGGUUUGUUAAAGGAGGAGUAACUGAUGGGGGAUGACAGAGAGAGUAAACAGGGACCACCGGGGUCCCACUGUCAGUGUAAAGGCUAAUGUAGGCUACAACGCUACGUCCACUCAACAGCAAUAAUAAUAUUAACAAUAUUAAUAAUAAUAGUUUAUUAUUCCCUUUCGGUUCUCACUUGAUCAGGGUGUUCGGGGAUCGGUGCUUUAAUAACAACUUAAAAGUCUGACGUUUGAGUUUGAAAAUCUAUUUCGUAAAUUUUGAAAUAACAAAUUGCAGUUAUAUUCCUGUCUGGCUCAGUUAGGAUAUGAAUCUUUACUUUUAAAUGUAAAAUUAUAGAAUACGUGUUUUAAAUGAAUUUGAUUGUCAUGUGUUAAUAUUGGGCUACGUGUUAUUUCCGUAUCUUUAUUACAAGGAGCCAAUGUGCUGUCAGCAUUGUUUCCUCUCAUUCUUUUUUUUUUUUUUUUUUGGUUUGUUUUGUUUGCUUGUUUUCCGGUGUCAUGUCACUUGCACUCCCCGCCCUAUAGCUCUCCGGGAUGUCAUCAUUAUACUGUCAUCUUUCUCGGGCCUCAAGCCACAUGGCCCCGGUCCGCUGGAAACGUUUAUUGACCACUGUGAUAUCCCGUUAACCCCAUUACCAAAGACGCGCGGAUCCGUCCGAGUGAUCCCUCUCCCCCAGGCCCCAAGCAGAGAGCUAUAUCAAGCUUAAGCUCUAAUUAAAAUAAAAACAGCAAAGAACGAUAGAAUGAUUAAAUCGUUAGUCUCGCCGCGGGAAGUGGUAUUUCGUUUUCCCUUUCAAUUAGAGGUUGAUUGGGCUUUUCAGGGGAGGUCAGCUGUGAAAUCUGGAUUAUAUAUGCGCGGACUCGAAGACGCAUAGACCGCUUCCCUCUUGUGGUUUACAGACUGGGGCUGCUUGAGUGGACGUUAAAUAAGAGACGUGAAUUUUUUUUUUUUUUUAAGUCCAUCCAGAGCUGUUUUUAUGUGACAUUUCUUUUCAUCUUUAGCUGCACGCAGAGGCAUGGCCAGGACUCAUUCACCAUCACCAGUAGACGGCGGUAACGGCGCUUUGCCCCGGCAAUUUCACGUCAUUUUUAUGGCUAUCCACGCUUACGGGCUUCUCCUCUUAGACCAACAGUUUUUUUUUUUUUUUUAACCAAACCUCUUUCACAACACAUUCUGCCUUGAGUGUAUGUAAUUUCACUCUCUGACACCUACUAUUAUUACAUACCUUAAUUACAUACCUGGAGGGAGAGAGAGACAGAGAGAGAUGGUCUGAAAAAUAGAUUUUGAGGUGCUGGCUGAGUAUCAAGUCGUCUGAAAUUGAAUUGGGUUGGGUAGACUGUGGUGUAAUUCCAGUGCAUAUAAACACAGUUGGGCCCAGGCUUCGAGGACGCACAGUGAAUGUGCGAAUAAUCUGUUUAAGACAAGAGAAAAUGUGAGGACUUUCAGGCGCGAAUUCACAUAAAGUGAAAGUGGAGGGUGAAAAACAUGAUUUUCACUCCAACUGCUGCUUGAUAUAGAAGCUGUACAAGUGAUUUUCAAACACUAUAGGCUGUAUUUUAAAAAUAUGGUGAGAUGUUUGACUCAUCGUAAUCACAGUCUGCUCCCACCGUUUGGCCGCUGCAUCACUGCUAAUAAAUCUUAGUUAUUUUUGUUUAGUUGAAGUCUGAGAGCGUGUUUGGAAAUUUCAAAUGCCUUGUGCUAUUUGUGGGAUUGACCCUCCUAUCUGCCUCCUCCUUCUCCUCCUCCUCCGGUGUGUUCUUCCUCUAUGGUCCUCUAGUCACCUGACCAAACGCCAUGCAAAUCAUUCUGCUGCUAGAGCCUCAUUGGCCGCUUGUGGCUCAUUUAACCGCUGUCAGUGCGCAUCAUAUGGCCGCCGCUUUAACCAACUUCUCAACUCCGACAGGGAAAGUGGCUCAAAUGCGCAUUCUAUCACAGUGGAUGUGAACCAACCCAGGCGAAGACAGGGUGAAAUACUGGUUGGAAAACAUUUUAUAUCCCUUCUCGGAUUAAUUUUCAUCUCGUAUUUGAUUCAUUUGGGGUUAGAAUAUCAAUUUUGUAACCCAGUCGACCUGUGCGCACCAGAUCCUCGUGCGCGCCAGACCUAUCUUGAAGCAGACUUUUUCUCUGUUGGUGGCGAAGUUUAAAAACCAGGUGAAUGUAUAGCAUGAUGAUGGAGACUGACCUUCAUUCCCCCGGCCCCCAAACGAAUACGACCACGGGGCAAACGGGGCCGAACAGUGGGUCCAAAGCGAAUCAGGAACGGGUGAAGAGACCGAUGAACGCGUUCAUGGUGUGGUCCCGUGGGCAGCGGAGAAAGAUGGCACAGGAGAACCCCAAAAUGCACAACUCUGAGAUCAGCAAGCGGCUGGGUGCCGAGUGGAAGGUGAUGUCCGAGGCUGAGAAGCGCCCUUUCAUCGACGAGGCGAAACGUUUGCGAGCCAUGCACAUGAAGGAGCAUCCGGAUUACAAGUACCGACCAAGACGGAAGACCAAGACGCUGCUGAAAAAGGACAAAUAUUCCCUUGCCGGUGGACUGCUUUCUGGGCCCAGUGGGGGCGGUGGAGUUGGUUUAGGGGUCGGCAUGAGUUCAUCGGGGGUCGGACAGAGGUUAGAGAGCCCCGGGGGUCACGGAGGCACAGCGAGCUCCGGCUACGCGCACAUGAACGGUUGGGCGAACGGUGCAUACUCGGGGCAGGUGGCUGCAGCCGCGGCGGCCGCAGCGAUGAUGCAGGAGGCUCAGCUAGCCUACAGCCAGCACCCGGGGAGCGGAGCGCACCAUCACCACCACUCACACCACCAUCACUCGCACAACCCCCAGCCCAUGCACCGCUACGACAUGACAGCUCUGCAGUACAGCCCCAUCUCGAACUCUCAGAGCUACAUGAACGCCUCUCCCCCCGGCUACGGCGGGAUCACCUACACACAGCACCAGGGCUCCGGCGUCUCCUCCUCAGCUGCCAUGGGGACGUUAGGGUCGCUGGUGAAAUCGGAGCCGAGUGUAAGCCCUCCCGUCAGCAGCACACACUCACGGGGUCCUUGCCCCGGAGACUUGAGAGAGAUGAUAAGCAUGUAUUUACCGACCGGAGAGCCGGGGGACCCGUCAAUGCAAAGUAGACUCCAUGCCUUGCCGCAGCAUUACCAGAGCGCCACGGCUGGAGUGAACGGGACGGUCCCUCUAACACACAUUUAAAACUCACAGAAUAAUUGAAAACUGCAAACGAACACAUAACCAAAUAUUUACCUCUUUUCUAAAUAACCCCGGUCCCGAGAACUACCUGCAUUUUGUACAGAAUGUUUAUGAUAUUGUAAAUGAAGGGUAAAUAGCAUAUUCAUCUCGGCUUUUUUGAAUAGCCACCAGUGGAAUUAUAUAACGAAUAUGAUGCUGAGAUAUUGGUUAUUGUGCUAUCAUCUUUUUGUCCAUUACUUCACAGUCUUAGUUGAAGGUUAUGCCAGGUUCACAUGGGGGUAUUUGGUUCAAUUGUCUCAUAAUUUUGGGGGUUCUUGUAAGUUAUUUAAAAAUGAGAUAACGUGUCAUAAUCAUAAGAAAGUGCUUUAAAAGAUAUGGGAAAAUCACAUUCUUUAAAUAUUUGUGUUCAUUUGCAGAAGCCUGUGUCUUAAUUCUUGGAAAUCAUCUCUUUUUAUUGUAACACUCUAAUUAUUGUAAAUUGUGAAUAAUUUUAAUAUUUUAAAGAAUGACGGGCAACUGCUGUUGUAAUUUAAAGUGCUUUUCUGCGAGUGAAAAGCCCUGAUAUUGCAAUGAAGAAGAAUUGAAUAAAUUUCACAAGAUGUUGCUUUGAUUCUUAAGAGAACGGUCUUAGAUUGAUCAUUUUUCUCAAUGCUCAUGAAGGAGUGUUUUCGUGUUUUAGAGACACAAGCAUACCAUCAAGCUCUCUCUCUCUCUCUCUCUCUCUCUCUCUCUCUCUCUCUCUCUCUCUCUCUCUCUCUCUCUCUCUCGAGAAAAA